AUGUCCACCAGCAGACUGUGCCUGCUGAAACACCUCCAUCCUUUCAACAAAUGGUGGUGGUCACUCAUAUGUCUAAACCUUGAGAUUCCAGUGGCCUUACGCCAUACUGGUAAUGCUCUAAAACUUCAGGAGCAUUAUACUUGCUACCUUGCUCUUCUUGAGGCUGAGAAGAAAUUCAAGAAGAUGCAGAAGGAUGGGACUUGGCUGGCUGGACUUAGACUGCCUGUCAGUGGAGAGAUUCUGAACCUCUUCAUUGGAAAAUCGACUUGGACCAAGACUUUUCCUCAUAUAGCAGAGUAUCCAGAAAUGGUAAAGUGGUUGAGUGAUGAAGAGGACUGUAUGGAGACAGAAGAGUUGUUUGGGGUGAAGUUGAAGGCAUAUCACUUUGCAGAGCUUCUUGCAUGGGUGCAGAAUGGAGGAUCAUUGGUUAAGCCGAAGAAAGGAGCAGCAAAGGAUGCAUCUGCAGCAACUUCUAGCACAUCCAAGAAAUUGUCUACAUCAAAGAAGCCUGCUGGAUCUGCUAAGAAGGUGGCCACUUCCAAGAGUGGAACUUCCAAGUGCAAAUAUAGUUUGAAUCUUUUUGGUCUUUUGGGUGCACUGGUUCUUUGCUAUUAUCUGGAUGGUCUUGCUGGCAACUUGAGCUUUUCAAAUUUAUGCACAUGCAUCUACUGGUUCUAG